AUGGGAGGAAGAGACCACUCCGGCGACACCUGCAAACAAACUUCUCAGCUGACUUUUCCCGGAGCGAGAGGGACGGAUGAGUUCGAAGCAGCUCGUGCGAAACAAGGGCGUGAAAUACGACAAAGAGACUUUCAAAUAGAAAAGACGUGCGAGCGAUCGGACCGAGAGCCCAGAUCCCAGGCGACGAGCAUCAGGUAUCUGAUGAAUGGAAAGAACAUGGAGGUGAACAGAAAAGAGGUGCCUUUAUAUGGACAAGUAGAGGCUCGUGUAAAAUUACAAGCCGAAAUUCCAGAAGAUGCAGAGUUUUAUGUUGUCGUACAAGGCUCUGGACUUAUUCAUGUGACGGCAGCUCAAAGAGGUGGUGAUGGGCUGACCCUUUCCUUCACUGUUCCAGGCCAUGACCUGGCAGAGGCAGUCUCUGUGACCCCUUACUGUUACUCAAAGGACCGAGUGAAGCCGUGUGAGGGGGAAACAUCUCUUAUGUAUGUCAGGGAUGUUGCCCAGCAAGCAGCAGAGUACUUAAAAGCAAAUGGGGACCAUCUUGGACCACAGAGCUACCAAGAAGUCCUGAGGAAGUGUCCUGCAGUUUUUAAGGCAGCUGGUGUGGAGCCCAGCUCUGGACCCAGCGAGGUGGAGCCCAAACCAAGUCCAGGCGACGCAUCUGACUCAGCGCACCUGGACGAGAAGAUCACACAGGCUCUGGCCAACAUGGAUUACCCUCUGCAGUGGAAAAACACAGACGUUCAGCUGGGAGAAGGUGAAAGGUUUCUGACCUCACCCAAUCAGGAUGGAGAGAGCCCACUCCAGCUAGCCCAGAGGGAUGGAGGCCAUGACAUGUUCAGGGUGUUGGCAACUCGCUCAGAGCCUGAAACUGGACCUCCUUCGGGUGUUCAGUGCUUGUGGUCCGAUAACUCCUGCAUGUUAAGGUUUUGUCCAAGGACAAAUUCUGUCUUCCUCACUGUGCCGCACCCCCAGGACACCCAUGAAGUCUCUCAAGAAAAACUAAAAGAGCACAGCGUCCAAAAACUGAUCCGUGUGCUCAGAGCUCAUAAGGAAGACAAGAGGGAGAGAGAUGAUAAUCACUUGAAGAAUGAAGUCUUCAGUAAGAACCUUCAUGAGGAGGAACUUGUUCUGGGAGACAAUGUUUUCGAGGAGCAGUUUGUUUUGUCAAUGGAUAAGGACAAUAAUGAAGAGCAGAACCCAUUGCCAUCACCUGCAAAUUGGCAUCCCAUGCAGUCCGGUGAAGCUCAGGACCAGCUCACCCACCAUGCUACAGCGUCUUUGCCCUGUACGAUCACCAGCAGCAGUCCGAUCCUCGUACAUCAGGAUGAGCUUCAGGGAAGCGGUGUUGACAUUAAGCACAGGGUUAGUGGUGCGACCAGGACCAGCACAGGCACAGAUGGCAGUUUGUGGGACACGGAGGAUCUCCUUGCCACCGACACCCCUCCACCCUAUUCAGAAGAUGUCUACCCUGGCUCUGUUUCCUGCUCUCCUCUACUGUCACCUGUGGACCAGGCCCUCACCCGGCUGAACCGUCCCCAGUCAUCCGAACAGAGCAGUCAGAGAGACAGUCCGCCAAUGGAAACCUACGACCUCAGUCCCAGUCUGGUGGCUCUGGAAGUGGACAGUGAGGAUGAGAGCACUGAGCCGAAGUAUCCUCUUUCCCUGCUGCCAUCAGAUUUUGGGAAGGAUGAAGACAAAGGCGAAAGCUUUUGUCCGACCCCUGAACUGGCGUGCACUCGCAGCUUGUCAGCCUCAGCCUGUGUACCCCUUUUGAAAGAAUUGGGUGAGGAGGGGGUUAGAUUGCGCUCCUACUCCUACUCAGCCCCCAAAAUCAGUUUUCUUCCUGCUCGUUUCGCCCGGGACAACAACUCCUCGGACAUCGGCAAUGAGCAAAGAGCAGCAAGUAUAUCAGAUCAGUCUCAUGAAAAAAGAAUUGAAGAAGAGGAGUUGGAUAAGUACCAUAUUCCGAGCAAGACGGAGUCGGAGAAGUAUAAAGUAAUCCGUACCUUCAGUUUUCUCAAGAACAGGAUGUCAAGUACACGUAACAAAAGCAAGGGAAAAGGGAAGGACAGAGAGGCCAAGGAUCGGCAGCUUAAUGGACACCGCUUUGCGACAGGCUCCUGUUUGGGCCCCACAUUGUGCGUGGUGUGUUGCACUGCCAUCGUCCACAAGGGCUACUUCACAGUGAGAGAUGUUCCUCCUCAGUCCUCUGCACUUCCCAUAUCAACAUCUCUACCAGUAAUGACCCCAAAGGAAAGAAAGGACACAGUGACACAAUCUUCUUCACUGUCUGGAAGUUUCCCCAGCAGUGACAGUCAGCUCAGUGAGGGUUCCGAGACUGAAUCUAAUGUCCUGAAGCUGGGCAGUCAGUCAGAGGAGCUCCUGCCAACUCCUGUAUCCUCCACCUCCAAUAACUCAUCUGUUGGAGAGGACGGUGUGGACUCAUAUACCCAAAGUCUCAGUGACAUCUCAGCUGAUUCUGUGGAUUACGAGGCAGAGUCAUGGAGUCUUUCAGUUGAGCACAAGUUCUGCAAGAAGCAUGAAAAACGAGCUGUCAAGAGGCAAGAUGUGAUCUAUGAACUGAUGCAGACAGAGCUCCACCACCUUCAGACCCUGCACAUCAUGGGGGAGGUUUUCCGACGGGGCAUGAGGGACGAAGUGCAGCUGGACGCUGAAACGGUGCAGCGGGUCUUCCCCUGUCUGGACCAGCUGUCGCUUUUCCACCACGCCUUCUUUGCAGCUAUGAAAGAGCGACGGAACAACUCCGCUCAGCCGCAAGGACACAGGAACUACCUCAUACAGCGGAUCGGUGACAUCUUGGUCCAACAGUUUUCAGAUGAGAAUGGAGACAAGAUGAAGCAGGUGUAUGGAGAGUUCUGCAGCCAUCACAAUGAAGCAGUCGGCUUUUUCAAAGAGCUUCUGCAGCACAACAAGAGAUUUCAAACUUUCAUUAAGCAACAAGGGAAUAACUAUUUAGUGCGACGGAGGGAAAUUCCAGAGUGCAUCUUGCUGGUAACCCAAAGGAUUACAAAGUACCCGGUGCUGCUGGAGAGGAUCCUGGAGUACACUCAAGAGGGGACGGAGGAGCAUGCUGACCUUUCCAAAGCUCUGGUUCAGAUUAAAGACGUGAUAGCGGCCGUGGACCAGAAGGUCAGUGAAUACGAACGUCAACAGAGGCUACAGGAAGUGUGGAACCGCAUGGAGAACCGAACGGCGGCCAAGCUGAAGAACGGACGCACUUUCCGCAAGCAGGACAUGAUGGGGCCCGGACAAAUGCUCAAACACCAGGGCCUGCUGCUGUGGAAGACUGCCACCGGUCGGCUCAAGGAUGUCCUGGCACUCCUUCUCACAGACACCCUCAUCCUCCUGCAAGAAAAAGAUCAGAAGUACACAUUCGCUGUUGUGGACCAGAAGCCACCGGUCAUCGCACUGCAGAAAUUAAUAGUGCGAGAGGUUGCCAACGAAGAGAGAGGGAUGUUUCUGAUCAGUGCCUCAUCUGCCGGCCCAGAAAUGUACGAGGUUCACACGUCAUCCAAAGAGGAACGGAACACCUGGAUGAGGCUUAUCAGGGAGGCUGUGGAAAGCUGUCCGGAGGACGAAGAGGAGCACAUGAGCGAAUCCGAGGAGGAGAAGCGAGCCUCUGAAGCCCGUUUCCAAAAGAUCCAGAAGUUACAAGAGAGUUUGAUGAGCCAGGACCAGCAUAUUUGCUCUAGUCUGGAGGAGAAGCUUCAGAUCUAUGCAGAUCUCUCUGCUCUGAGUGGGAGGACGGGCGUUUCGGGAGAUGAACCGCGGUUGCUGAUCCAGGUGCAGUCUGAGGAGCUGCCAUUGGCUUCUGGGCUGCUGACUGCAGCUCUGAAAGAGGCUGAGAACCUGAAAGAGACACUGUCCAAGGCCCGAUCUCCUUCAAGUUACAGCCAAGACUCCGACCAGGACUCUGUGUUUGCCGCCAGCCCUGCUACUCUCACUGAGCCCAGCUCAGACUUUUCUGAGGCCUCCCCUGAAACCCCUGAGACCAGUGAGGAUGGCUGGGUUGAGGACUUUGUGCCUCAGACCCCAGCAGACCCACAAAAAGAUGACACUGACUUUAAGGUUUCUCAGAGUGUCCAAAACCUUUCCCAGCUCUUAUACAGUCUGCAGGCCACGGUGGCCAUCCAGGACACCUGCUACGAGGUCCAAAGGCUCCUACUUCAGGAGCGCGGGCGUCCCUCACCCCGUGCCCAGCGACAGUUCUUCUCCACCUUUCGGGGCAACACCCUGCAGGAGCAGGAGAAGCAGCGGAACCUGGAGAAGCGGAAGGAGGAAGUGGCCGCGGCCCAGCGGCUCCAGGAUCAACUGCGCCACGAAAAGGAGCGCUGGGAGCGAGAGUGCCAAGCGAGGGAGAGCCAACAGGGGGAGCAGGAGAGCAGGCUCAAGGAACGGGAGCAACGGUGUCAGCUGACAGCAGAGAAGCUGAAGCAGGAGAGGGACGAGUUUGAUGAGCAACUGGAGGAGUACCAGCAAAGCCUAGAGCGGCUCAGAGAGGGCCAAAAGAGCGUGGAGAGGGAGCGCACACGUCUGGAGAACCAGCAAAAGCUGUUCCACUCUUGGAAGCACGGGCGUCAGAGCAGCCUGCCCACUGUCACUCCUCACAUGGUCAUCCCUCUGGACGGCCAGCAGGACCCACCGCCAAGUCAGUCCAUAGCGCACGCCGGCAACGGGUCCGUGUUCGUGAACGAGGCUGCGUUCGCCAGCACCAGCAUCAACAACCGCCACACGCACCACAAAAGAAACGAUCCCAGCGCACACAACUGCCUCAACACCCUGCUGGCCAGAUCUAGCAGCAGGCAACCCGCUAUUGUUGCGGCUCCUCACAGCCAACUCGCAGACUCCCAGGAAUGGGUGAUGGGCACGGGAUACCACUGCAGCCCUGCGGGAAGGCUGGGGCUGCAGCACUCAGCCAGUGAGCUGGGCUACAAUGGAGAGACCUGGACAACAACAGCAAGCGGAGCUGACCCAUAUCUAGCGCUCCCUCAUCACAGUGACCCUCAGCUGGACUUAAGUGCGCUGGUUUCCUUGGAGACCGACAGCGAUGGGGAGGAGAGCAAAGAGGAAACUAUUGUGUAUCUCUGAAUGUGGAUCAAUCUCUGAUGCGAAGCAUUGGCAGCAUUUUUAUUUAUUUUUUGACAUUUUUGUUCUUUCCAUGUUGCUCUCAUUUCUUUUUUACUGAAAAUUGUAAGUUAUACAGCGAGCGGUUAAAAACCAUACUAUGCACUCGUCAUGCACCUUAGCUUAAUGUACCUCUUGGGUGUUUGGUGUCCGUCUUCUCUGCCUGCUUUUUUGUGUGUGUGGUCAUAUAUUGAGUGUCAUGUCCCCCGCAGCAACAACUUUUCCCCUUCCCCCAUUUGCUAUCCUUCAACUCCAGUCCCACACGUCUCCUUCCCUUGGGCUCUAUAUUUAUUAAAUUUGCCACUGAAGGAGAAAAAAUCAUUGAGCGCACCCUAUAUCAGUAAAACAUCAGGCUGUGUGUCUCCACCGGGGGGGUUGUCUCACCAUCGGAGUAAUUUACCCCUCCUCCUUUGAUCAGACAGAUGCUCCUUAUUUACAAUGCGGCCCUGGUGUGGAGCGCAGUUCAUUUGAAUUGAGAGAUGAGGAGAGACAGCAACUCUGCCACGCUUCUCAGACUUGCUUGCCAUAGUCAUAACUUAUGUCUUCUUGCUCUCCCUGUCUUUUUUUUUUAUAUAUAGAGAUAAAACACAGAUUCCUCUCUAAAAUAAGGAAGAAUUGGUCAUGGACAUUGGUUGAAUAAGAUGAUUUAAUUGUGGCAAAUGUCUUUGUUUCAUAAAGAAAUAACAUUGUUUGAAAAAGAAUCUAUUAACCAAUAGGAGGAUGAAAAUGAGAAAUAACACAUGGUGAAUGAAAUCAUUUUAAAGCACUAAUGCCAUUAUUUAAUGUGGCUCCAGGGACAGUCAGGUGAUCGAUCUGCCCAUCUCUUUGGUCCUGACAUAUAGACUGAAUGCCAUUAAAUGUCCUGUCAACAUUUACAGUCUCUGGAGAAUAACCUCUGUUUGGUUUUGAGUGAAAUUCUUGAUUGAUAAUGGUAUCAUCAUGGUUUUGGAACAAAAAUUAGUAUCUCCCUCAGGAUUUGUUGAAAGAGAGAUGGUCCUUUAACUUUUCAUCUUGAGCCGUAUUCAGCUCAAGCCUUUAAUUUACAAAGAACUGUGGUCUGUGAACCUUAAGGGGAAUUCUAAUUAAAGUCACCUGCACUUUAUGUGUUGAAGCAAAGGCAUUUUUUCUGUAGUAGUAAACUAAGACAUUUUUCCAUGAACGUUUUUGAUUUCCACAGAGCAGAGAUCUCAAUACAGCCUUAAAAAGCUUAUGGGGUGUAAAAUAUCCAGGGAAUAUCUUUCCUUGUGCCCAAAACCAAACAAAGCUGUCUUAUUGUUGGGACUCAUACAGAGCUAUUACACUUGAAUAUUAUAUUACAUUUGCAUAUCAUCUCUCAUGUGGAUUUUUAUGUAAACAGAUCUGUGCCAAUGCUUGGGUGUGUGUUGAUUCUUUUUUUAAUUACACUUAAAAGGCAAUUUGUUUAAUUACUGUUGUCGGUUCCCAGAAGGGGAAGAAGUCAGUGGCAGUAUUUUUGACACGGCGUUCUUACCAUGUAAAUACAUGUUUGUUGUUCUUUUAUUUAUUUAUUUAGUUAAAAAAAAUGUGUCCAACUGUGUUUUAACAAGGGUUGAGUUGUACUUGGAUGUGUAGCUGUGUACACAGAUAUGUUUCCUGGUUGUGUGUUCAUGUUUUAAGUAAUUAAGCCAUGGCUGUGAUGUCAAAAUUGCAAAAUUACAAUGUUUUAGUUUUUUCGCUGGGCUGUUUUCUUAUGUUUGUGACGUUUAUGACAAUAAAACGGAAUAUUUGUUCAAAGAAA